AUGAUGAUGUUAAUACUCGGGGAACCUCGAUUUAUUAAGAUGUUACAAAUGAUUAUAGUAGCUUAUAUUGAGAAAAAAACAACGAUUGCUGAACGGCUCCGAUCUGCUUGGUGUGUCGUAUUUUUCUGUCGAAUAUGGUUUACAUGGAUUAAAUUAAAAACAUUCGAUUCAACGCAAUCUGCAGAAAACAAUACAAGCAAAUACUUUAUUACUAGACCAGCAUAUUUAUCCGUGGAAAUAAAUGCACAUAAUUUAUUAUAUUUAAUUCUACUUGUUAAACAAAAACAGUUACCACCACAUGUACUGCACGUUCAUACUUUUAACUCGCAAGCGUGCGAAUCGAUUUUUGGAAACGCCCGAGCUUUAAGUGGAAUCUAUUCAACUAUUAUCAACUUCACAGUACAUGAUUUUUUACGACGUGUCCAGAGAUUAUCAUUAUUGAAUGACAUCAAAUGUAAACAGUUAAAUGAUGAAUCAGUCAAUAAUUUGGUCUUUCCAGUUCAUUAUAAACAUCGAAAUGAUCGUCAGUCAUUAUUAACACAAAGUCAAACUGGGAUUGAUCAAAUAGAGAUCGAACAAGUUAUUACCGAUGCUUACCAUAAAGCUAUUGAAAUGCUUGAUGGUUUAGAAAUAUUGAAUUUGUUGGAAAAAAACCGUGUUCUGGGCUUAAAAUCAUUAAGUGAAUAA